AUGGACAAGACAUCUGCAGACAAAGACACUUCCAAGGGGAACUCUGACCGCGGAACCCCUAGUACGACAGUCCCAGCUUCGACUUUUGCUUUUGCGCCGGGAGGAAGUCCCUUCGUCCAGCGGGACAAUCGCGGGAAUAUGAUCAUGAAUACCCGUCAAAACGCUAGACGAGUACAUGGGACACGGCCCCGAAUGCGACCAGCAGGAACAUCGCCAGGACCGGCCUCUGUACGGGCGCUAGAGCCAAAGGUCUCCGACAUGCGUCGCGGAGAAACUAGGCUUCGGGAUGAGCCUCAGCGCGAUGGCCAAUCUGGACGAAAGGAUGCGAAGAGCAACGAUGAGAACGUGAACAAGGAUGAGCAUGCGAAUGGAAGUGCAGCAUCAGCAAGCAUUUCCCGCGUUUCGCUGCCAAAAUCAAAGCUACCCCCGACUCGAGCACAAUCUGAGAAGCCAAACAGCACACUAACCAGCAGCAUCCGUUCCAGUCCCGGUUUCCAAGGGAUAGAUGCGUCCGAGAACGCCCCAAUCUACGACCCGGGCAUGAAUGACCGCACAAUCGACAUUCAUGCAACCCAUCCGGUUCGCCGGCCCCUGGACUGGCUCGUGACAAAGCGCCCCGCUGCACUUAUCCCACGCUGGCAGGGGGAUAGGCGGGAUCUCAAAGCCGCAUUUAUCCAGACGCGAGGGCCCAUUGCUAUGACCGCUUGCACGAAUUGUCAAGAGGGAAAGGGUAUGUGGAAGAAGUGUGUGGAGCGGAUUCAGCUGGAGUGGAGGAAGAGUGCUUGUGCCAAUUGCGUCCAGUCAGGGCAGCGUUGCUCAAAUGACGUGGAAUCUGCUCCUUUGACCGCUGACUCCGACAACGCGCCAGCCUCACAGCUGCCGAUGCAGGAGACACCCUCACAGACGGCGUCAACGCAGACGGCACCGAUGCAGGAGAUAUCCUCACUGAAGACAUCUUCACAGGAGACGGCCUCGCUGAAGACAUCCUCUCUAAAGACAUCCUCGCCGAAGAAAUUGUCGCAGAAGAUAGCAUCGCAGGAGACGGCCUCACAAAAGACAGCCUCAGAGAAGACAGCUUCAACGAAGACAUCCUUGCAGGAGCCAGCCUCGCAGAAGACCUCCUCACACAAGACAUCCUCGCAGGAGCCAGCCUCGCAGAAGACAUCCUCACACAAGACAUUCUCACACAAAACAUCCUCACACGAAACAUCCUCGCAGGAGCCAGCNGACAUCCUCACACAAGACAUUCUCACACAAAACAUCCUCACACGAAACAUCCUCGCAGGAGCCAGCCUCGCAGAAGACAUCCUCACACAAGACAUCCUCACACAAGACAUCCUCACACAAGACAUCCUCACACAAGACAUCCUCACACAAGACAUCCUCACACAAAACAUCCUCGCAGGAGCCAGCCUCGCAAAAGACAUACUACUUGCCAAAGACAAUCUUACACAGGACAUUCUCGCAGGAGCCAGCCUUGCAGAAGACUUCCUUGCCAAAGACACCCUCAGAGAAAGUAUCCUCGCAGGAGACAGCCUCGCAGAAGGCACCGUCCAAGGACACUCUGAGCCAAGCCAGCCGCGCGGAAAGCGCACCCCGGCAAGCGAAAAUCCAAGCAGCCAAGAAAGUCAACCAGCACCGUCAGUCCUAGCAGCGAUUUCAGCUGCAAGGCCACGAACAGCUAGCACGACCACUGGCGCCAAUGCCACACUAGCUUCUGCAACACCAGCUCCUGGGAUUGCGAGUGGGACAAGUGCAGGGCGCCCUUUCUUUGACUUGGGUAAAAGCUUGUCAAAGCGCAAGAACCACAUUCGACGCGUCACCAUUGACAAAGCUACCGGUAACCCGUUGCCUUUGAAGGAAGGGGAUGCAAAAGAGCCUCCCCGCCUUAAGCGGCCGGCAACGGAAAUGGAUGAGUCUUCUGAGAGGACCAAAAAACAAAAGACCAAGUCGGGAUAG